AUGAGUGCAGAUUUGUUUUCGUUGAAGGGGAAGAUAGCCCUCAUUACAGGAGCUACCAAUGGCAUCGGUAAGGGCAUGGCCAUCGGUUUGGCUGAGGCCAACAUCGACCAGAUCAUCGUCGUCCACAGGCCCAAAACUGAUCCAAAGGCAACCGUCGAGCUUCUUGUAAAGAGCUCUCCCAGACCUGACGACAUUGUUGUUUCCACAAUCGAAUGCGACUUGUCCAUCGACACCUUAAAGAUCGAGGAGAUCGAGGAGAAAAUCGUCCAAAAAGCUAUCAACUUGUCCAGAAGCAACAAAAUCGACAUCUUGAUUAAUAAUGCUGGUAUCUCGCACAGAAGUGGGUUUUUGGAUUAUCCUGACCAUAAGUUUGACAAUGUGUUUUUUGUCAACUUCAGAGUCCCAGCAAAGUUGACCCAACUAGUCGGCAAACAUAUGAUUGAUAACAAAGUCAGGGGCAAGAUCAUCUUCACUGCUUCAUUGACCACUUAUCUUGGAAGCUACGAGAACAGUGUCUAUAGUUCCACCAAAAGUGCGCUCAAGGGGUUUAUUCUGUCUAUUUCAAAUGAAUGGGCUAGUUCAGGUAUCAAUGUUAAUGGAAUUGCUCCUGGAUGGAUCAAAACCAACAUGACUGAUGUCUUGUACAAUAAUUCUGUCGAGAAUAAGAAGAGAUUAGACAGGAUUCCUGCUGGAAGAUGGGGCGAUCCAAUUGACGACUUCAAGGGACCCAUCGUUUUCUUGUCCUCGGAUGCAAGUAACUAUGUCUCUGGCGAAAUUAUUGUUGUUGAUGGAGGAUAUCUAGGGUUCUAA